AUGGCCAAGCCCGCCUGGGAAUCGCAGAGCUGGCGAGGCCAGGCCGUGUUUCUCUCUGAGAUGCCAGUGCGAAUCGCCGCGAGCUGUUUCCAGGACUCCCUCCGCCGCCCUGGUCAGAUAAGGGCCUGGCGUUGGAAAGGACGCUGGGAAAUGCCACGCCCCUCGGCAGCCUCCUCCACCCUCCUCUGCACCCUGGGUCUUCCCAGCGACGCCCCCCAGGGUGCCCCGAAGGAGCGCGCAGAGGAAACUGGAAACCUGCCGGAGGCGUGGGGUGCUGCCCGCUGCUCCGGUAAAGUUUGUGUUUUUCUGUCUUUGUUCCUUUUUUCCCUUUCCUCCCCACCCCCACCUCCUCCAGCGGGCGGCUUAUCCCAGGGCUCGGCCUGUUUCCUGUCUGGCAGCCGGUGGGGCUCCGAGACCGAGCCUGUGGCGGCGGAGGCCGCGGCUGCAGUGACCCAGCGGCUCCCCGCGGCCCGGGCCGCGCACCUGCGAGCCAGGACCCUGCCUCGGGCCUGCGGGGGCGGCUGCCGGGUGUGCGCCGGACGGGGCCCGGCUGCCGCGGGGGGGGGAGGGGAUGCUCCGAGUCCGUGCACGGCGCGCAGGGAAGCACAGCCUCCUUGCAGCACGGCUAGCAGAGGCCGUGGCCGCUUACCGCACUGGCAGUCCGUCUCGGCUGCUGCGUCCGACCUAGGAGGCUGGUGUGAGUGUGCAGUGAACGAUUGCAUUAACACGUUAUUACAGCGAAGGACACGUGGCCAUUCGUCCCCCCAAGAAAACUCUCCUCGCUUCAAACACACUCAUCCCACCUCCUUGCCGCUUUCUGCGGCAGCUCUGGAGUCCUCUUUCCUGAGUGUCUUUAGUUGCGCUGCUGUGGCUGCCUCUCUGUCCUGGAUGGAUUCAAAACGUUUCUCUCUCGUGGUCAUUUGGACUGUGGGGAAAAGCUCGGAGUCACACGGUGCCGGACCCAGGGAAUGAGAUGGAAAACCCACUACACUGCAGGUCCUUGGAGAAGAA